AUGCUCUUCUAUCUUCUUUCUGUCUUUUUCCAGCUCCAAGGUGUGCAUGGGGUCAGCAGCUACGACUUUCGCUUCUGCGCUAACCGGAGGCAGACGGUUGAAGGCCACAUCCGUUACGAAACCCAGCCAGACACCAUCACAAUCUCCAACGGUGCUGACGGACUUAAUAUAAGCGCCCCGUUCCCACCGGGACCUCAGCAGUCCUGGGCUUUGCCUACACUUUUGGGGACGUAUCGCUUUUGCAUUUACUGGUUUCAGGAUGACCAUCUGUUCAACCUUACCUACGGAAUCAGUAGCACUUACCAGCUGAGUUACCAAGCUAAUUAUCCGUUCUCCUCUCUAAAUGUCGCCUGCGAAGCGAGCGAAGAUGGGCCCGAUUCACUCAGUAACGUCUCCUACGCCUUCAACAAUGGCUCUGUCAGUCACUCCUUUCCCAGCGUGACGGGAUGCAAGUUCUUCCUAGAUUAUGGGAAGAGAGACCAGAAGAAAACCAGCACGGUGGAAGAAGAAAUUGGGGAAGCAGAGUUAAAACUGAAGAGCUUGGAAACCCGUCCUAGCAGCGAUACAGACGGGCCUUCGGAAGAUCCAUUUUUGUUCCUGCAGCAAUUGGAGUCAAAGCUGAACGAACUGGAAUUCCCAGGAGACCACAAGACUUUUGAUGGGAGAGUAAUGCAUGCAAAUAUCCAGAAAGUCCCACUCCAAAUUCCUGAAAGCCUUCCCAUUGGAGUUACCCUGAAGGAGAACAACGUCGUCCGUAAGUUCCAAGUUAACCUGCCCAAAAAAGUGUUUGAGAAAACCAGAGAUGGCUUCAAGAGCGAGGAGAUGAAGGUUGUGGUGUUGUCUGCCACAAGCGAGACCCUCUUCCAGGAUAACGAUUCCAACUCACUCCUUGGUGGAAAUGUGAUUGGCAUCUCAGUGGGCAACCGGCCUGUCCAUGGGUUGCCCAGAGAAGAGCGUCUCUCUAUCACCUUUUGGCACCAUCUCCUUCCGAGGAAUUUGACUCCCAUAUGUGUCUUCUGGGACGUGAGUUCCAAGGCCAGCCACCCUGGAAAGUGGAACACAUCAGGCUGUGAAGUGAUACAAGAGGAAUAUCAGACCACCUGCCUUUGUGACCAUCUCACCUUCUUUGCGGUGCUCAUGGUAGCCUCUCCAGAUAUAGACCACAUCCACUAUGAGUACCUGACUAUUGUGACUUACGUUGGUUGCGUCAUUUCGGCUCUAGCUUCGUUCUUCACCAUCUUCUUUUUCCUUUGUUCCAAGAAAAAGCAGAGGGACCACAUUGUCUAUGUCCACAUGAACCUCCUCUGGGCCAUCUUUCUCCUCGACAUGAGCUUCCUCAUCGCGGUGCCCCUGGCUCCCACCGGAGGGGACACGGCUUGCAAAGCUGGUGCCAUGUUCCUGCACUUCGGCUUGCUUGCGUGCUUGACCUGGAUGGCCAUUGAGGGCUACAGUCUCUACCGGCUGGUGAUCGAAGUCUUCAACUCCUACGUCAAACACUUGCUCUUCAAACUUUGCCUGGUGGGCUGGGGUCUUCCCAUGUUCAUCGUGUGUCUAAUUUUUGUGAUCGAUCAGUCCCACUACGGCCCUUUCUCUUUUAAGGUCUACGAGGCUGCUGAUAAAUACACCAAUUCAACCAUCUGUUGGAUUACCAAACAGGAGAUCCACAAUUUCCUGAAUUUGGGCUAUUUAAGCCUGGUGCUCUUCUUCAACAGCAUAAUGCUGGCCACCAUGGUGUAUGAGAUUCUCAGGCUGAGACACCGAGAGCAUCACUGGGAAUAUGCGGUGAUGCUCCUGGGCCUGAGCUGCGUGCUGGGCAUCCCGUGGGGGCUGGUCUUCUUUGCGUUCGCUUCUGGGACCUUCAAGUUGGUGGCCGUCUAUCUUUUCACCAUCAUCAACUCUCUCCAAGGCUUCCUCAUCUUCCUUUGGUACUUGGCCAAAGUGCUGCAGGCUCGCAGGUCGAGUUCCAUGCAGUGCACAACUUCCAACAGCCUGAAGCUCCAGUCCAGCAGCUCCAGCAUCUGACCUCGUCCCGGCCAGGAGGACUUUGGGUGGGAGACGCUCGUGGGAGGAUCUCCCUGGAAACUCAGCCAAGCAAUUCUUUGGUGGACCUGGGUGACUUCAUACCUCUGGGUAGCUUGGAGAUGAUACUGACCUGUUUUCCUUCAAUAUUUGUAUGGCUCUUUUUUCUAAUGUAAAUAUUUUUUAAAAAAAAAAAUUCCUGUGGUGUAAAAAAUUUAUGAGAGUACAUUGAAAUUUAAGCUAUGUAUAUUAAAGGCAAAUUUUAUUA